AUGGUGGAAGGCAGAGUAGUUAUCGUCUCCGCUCUACAAUUCGCUUGCUCCGAUGAUGUCUCCACAAACGUAGAUACUGCCGAAAGAUUGGUUAGAGCAGCUCAUCAGAAGGGUGCAAAAAUCAUUCUUAUACAGGAGUUAUUUGAGGGUUAUUACUUCUGUCAAGCACAGAGGGAGGAUUUCUUUCAGCGAGCUAAACCCUAUAAGGAUCACCCUACAAUAUUGAGGAUGCAGAAUCUUGCAAAAGAAUUGGGAGUAGAAAUACCAGUUAGCUUCUUUGAGGAGGCAAACAACGCACAUUACAAUUCAGUGGCUGUAAUUGAUGCUGAUGGAACUGAUCUUGGACUUUAUAGAAAGUCCCAUAUCCCAGAUGGGCCAGGUUACCAGGAGAAAUUUUACUUCAAUCCAGGUGACACUGGUUUCAAGGUAUUUCAAACUAAAUUUGCCAAAAUUGGAGUAGGAAUUUGCUGGGAUCAGUGGUUUCCAGAGGCAGCUCGCGCUAUGGCACUUCAAGGUGCAGAAGUAUUGUUCUACCCCACAGCUAUUGGUUCUGAACCUCAGGAUGAUGGCCUAGAUUCUCGAGAUCACUGGAAGCGAGUAAUGCAGGGGCAUGCCGGGGCUAAUUUGGUACCUUUAGUUGCUUCAAACCGAAUAGGAAAGGAGAUAAUUCAGACAGAACAUGGCAAAAGUGAGAUCACAUUCUACGGGAAUUCUUUCAUAGCAGGACCCACAGGAGAAAUAGUUACUACUGCUGAUGAUAAUGAAGAAGCAGUUCUUGUCGCAGAAUUUGAUCUGGAUAAAAUUAAAUCCAAGAGAUAUAGCUGGGGGGUGUUUCGUGAUCGGCGUCCGGACUUAUACAAGCGUAUUAUAUUUCUCCCAGGUUACCAGGAGAAAUUUUACUUCAAUCCAGGUGACACUGGUUUCAAGGUAUUUCAAACUAAAUUUGCCAAAAUUGGAGUAGGAAUUUGCUGGGAUCAGUGGUUUCCAGAGGCAGCUCGCGCUAUGGCACUUAAAGGUGCAGAAAUAUUGUUCUACCCAACUGCUAUUGGUUCUGAACCUCAGGAUGAUGGCCUAGAUUCUCGAGAUCACUGGAAGAGAGUAAUGCAGGGGCAUGCUGGGGCUAAUUUGGUACCUUUAGUUGCUUCAAACCGAAUAGGAAAGGAGAUAAUUCAGACAGAACAUGGCAAAAGUGAGAUCGCAUUCUACGGGAAUUCUUUCAUAGCAGGUCCCACAGGAGAAAUAGUUGCUACUGCUGAUGAUAAUGAAGAAGCAGUUCUUGUCGCAGAAUUUGACCUGGAUAAAAUUAAAUCCAAGAGACAUAGCUGGGGGGUGUUUCGUGAUCGGCGUCCGGACUUAUACAAGGUUCUUUUGACCUUAGAUGGCAGCAACAUAUCUCUAUGA